AUGUCAUUUAAUUCAAAUACUUCCAUAAAAUUUUCUACAAUUCCAAAUACAUUACCAGUCAAUGGAAUUAUAAUGAAUGAAACUAGUUGCUUUGGCACAGGGAUUUAUAAUGGAUUUGAAUGUUGCAAAAAACAAGAAUUUAAUGAAUACCAUAUAUCAUAUAGGCUUCUAGCCAAUAUGCCUAUAAACUAUCAAAUGAGAAUACAAUUAGUUAAUCAUUUUCUAUUAGUAUUAAGUAUAUCAGAUUUAUUUUUAUUAAUUUGCAAUUUUUUCUUUUUAAUAUUUCCUGUAUGUGCUACAAUGAUUAAUGAUCCACUUUUGAAUUAUACUUAUCCAUCAAUUUUAAGAUAUGGAUAUCCAUUAGCAUUGACUGCUCAGACUUGUGGAGUGUACAUGACUGUACUUGUAUCAGUUCAUAGAUUUAUGGGAGUAUGUUAUCCAUUUAGAGCUAAAAGAUAUGUUAAUAUAACUCCUGUAAGAAUUGCCAUUAUCUCAGCUAUAGCAUUUUCAUUUGGUGUUAAUAUACCAACAUGGGGUGAACUUUAUGUUGAUUUUUGUAUAGAACCCUUCCAAGAAACUGUAUUAUUUUCAAGGCAAAUAAAAUUAUCAACAUACAUGGAAAAUCCAUAUUAUAAAUUAUUUUAUAAAGUAAUUUGUUAUACUCUUACAAUGUUUAUCUUACCAUUUGGUACAUUAAUAUUUGUUAAUAGUAAAAUAAUUAUGGCAUUAAAAAAAAGUAAUAAUUUACGUUCAAAACAUGGUUUAAAAAAUGAAAGUGUUAAAAGCGAUCCCGCUAAAUAUCAAUCACAAUUCAAAUUAUUAAAAAAUAUGAAAUAUAGUGAUGUUUUAAAUAGUCUUAAUAUACGAUCAAAUACCAAUGGAUUCAAAUUACCUAGGUCAUUUUUAAAAACACAAUUUACAAAUUCAGUUAGAGAUAGAUCAGUUACAUUAAUGCUUCUUGCAAUAGUAGCAAUGUUUUUGGGAUGUAAUGGAUUGGCUUUUUGUAAUAAUUUUGUUGAGAUUCUCGUUGACAUGUCUGGUGAUAUGGGAAAAAUGAGAGAGGAAACAUUUGCAAAAAGUGUUGAAAUUUCUAACAUUUUAAUAAGUCUUAAUUCAGCCUCCUCAAUUGUAAUAUACAUAAUAUUUUCAAGCAAAUUUCGGCAUACCCUUAAAAUAUAUUUUGGAUUAGCUAAAAGACCAGAAAGUGUUGCAAAAAGACCAAAUGUUGUUGCGAUUACAACAGCUCUUGCAUGUCAAAGAGCAUUGGAACUAUCAAUUAUUCCAAAUGAAAUUGACAGUAAUCAUGAUGCAAAUAAAAAUACACAAACUAAUAACCCAAAAAAUAAUAAUGAAAUUAAACAACAAAAAAAAGAAAUAAUUAAUAAAAAAAAUGAAUUAAAAAAUUGUGAAAUAGAGGAUGAUGAAAAAAAAGCGUUAUUAGAUGUGGUUAGUGAUGAAAAUAAUUUGUCAUAUUUAAAAAAUUUAAAUGAUAAAAAUAAUAAGAGGAUGCCUGUAAAUUCAAUAUCCCAAUAUACAGAAGUUACCAAUGCAGAAGCUGAUUAA